AUGGCUUCUCUCAGCCGGGGGGUGUCGAUCAGGAGGCAGGGAUCGUCGGGGCGGAGCUGGGCCGACUCGCUGGGCCUCAACAACGCGGUGGAGCCGGCGCAGAGAUUUAGCAGUAGCAACACCAGGGGCGGCAAGGGCGAUGGGAUCACAAAGAAGACGAUCAUGGUUCUGGACAGCGACGACGAUCACCAAGGCCACCACCAUCGCAGCAGUGCAAAGUCUUCGACGGUGAUGAACAGGAGUGGCAGCCACAGGGAGGAGCAGCGGCGAAAGUCUUCGUCUUGUUCGUUGUCCAGGGGUGGUGGUGUAAUCGGUUGGCUCAAGAACAGGUUUCGAAGGAUUUGGGCGCAAGUCUUGUCCUGUGCGUCAACGCAACGGCGAUGGCAGCGAUUGUCGGUACCGUGGGGCCGAUUUAACUCGCGCUCCAGCGGCUCAGACCUCUCUUUCCUUGUCAGGGACCGCGGGACUUCCUCUCCUUGUGCUUUGCUUAAAUUUCUCUCCUCCUUUGUGGAGUUGGGUGUUCUUUCGUUUUUUGCCGAGAGAGAAGCAGCGUUCGUAGUGAAUCUACUAGGCCAGCACCAAGAUCACGAACUCGACUCCACCGCAACGCCACCUCAGGCAGUGAAUUCUCUCCACGCAGCUGUGGAUCACCACCAGGAAUCAACGUCGCCGUCGUCGGUGAUGGCUUCUCUCAGCCGGGGGGUGUCGAUCAGGAGGCAGGGAUCGUCAGGCCGGAGCUGGGCCGACACGCUUGGACUUAACAACCCGGUGGAGCCGGCGCAGAGAUUUAGCAGUAGCAACACCAGGGGCGGAAAGGGCGAUGGGAUCACCAAGAAGACGAUCAUGGCCCCGGACAGCGACGACGAUCGCCACCGUCAGCACCACCAUCGCACCAGUGCAAAGUCCUCGGCAAAGUCUUCGUCGUCGAGGGGAGGCGGUGUUUUCAGCUGGCUCAAGAACAGGUUUCGAAAGGCAAGAUCUUGAGCCUUCUUCUUUUCCUCUUUCUUUUCUCUCUUUUUUUCUCUCGACGCACGGGUGGCGAGGACGAGGAAACGAUUGAGUGCUCACAACCUGCGAUCCAAUCCUUAGAACUCUCUCUUUUACUUUCUAGAGCUUCUUUUCCCUUGUGCUUUUGGGCAUCAUAUUUUGUCAAGCUUUGAUGUACAUGGCGAUGAUACGAUACGACACGACUUUGUUCGAUUCCUUUGACUUU